AUGUCCACCACGGAAGAAGACGCUGGUGGCUACAGCUACGACCGCCUGAGUGAGCUGAAGGCGUUCAACGACACCAAGGCCGGCGUCAAGGGCCUUGUGGACGCCGGCGUCACGACCGUAUCGCCCUCUAGCAGCAGCGGCAGCACUAUUAGUGUUAUCCCGGUCAUCGACCUCUCAGCGGUGGCGGCGGCGGACGCAGCCGCGUGGGUGGAGGUGGUCGCACAGGUGAAGCCGGUGGGGUUCUUCCACCUGGUGAACCACGGCGUCCCCGGGGAGCUCCUGUCCGAGAUGCUGGUGUCGUCGCCGGCAGCUAACUGGCGCGACACGCUCUUCUGCGUGGCGGCGCUAGAGCCGCCGCGUGCCGAGGAGCUGCCGGCCGCCGUGAGGCACGUGAUGCUAGAAUACGGUGGCGCGGCGCGGGUGCUGGCACUGCUGUCGGAGGCCCUACGGCUGGGCCCCGGGCACCUCGCCGAGAUGGGGUGCGCUGACGGCCUCAGCCUGGACGGGCACGCGCAGGGCGGCUUGCAGGCGCUGCUGGCUUCCGGGUGGGUGGACGUGACUCCGGUGCCCGGCGCGCUCCUGGUGAACGUCGGCGACCUCCUCCAGCUGGUCAGCAACGGGCGGUUCAGGAGCGUGGAGCACCGGGUGGUGGCCAACCGGAGCAGGGACACGGCGAGGGUGUCAGUGGCGUGCUUCUGCAACGCGGACAUCGCGAGGUCCACGAGGCUGUAUGGACCCAUCGCGGAGCUCAUCACCUCGGACGACGGCUACGGCGCGGGAACUGGAAGGGGGGCGCUGUACAGGAGCUUGACGGUCCCGGAGUUCCUGGCGCACUACGACAAGAAAGGCCUCGACGGUCGCCCGGCGCUCCAACACUUCAAGCUGCUUCAAUAA